AUGGGAUGUGCCGCAGGGGUUGCCGUCCAUCCUGAAAAUGUCCAAAGGCGACAGAGACCAAACGGCCAGAGCUUGAUGCCGAUGAAGCAGACGGCUGGCCCAAAGCCGUUGCGAAAGCCACAGUUCGCGCUCAAGUCGUCUUGGGACUCUACGACGUGGAGGGGGCAAGUUCCAUCAGGUGUGCCUCGCCCUCCCGGUCGGUCUCUGCACGAGAAGCAUCUCAAUCGCUUGGACCUGUUCCGGAAGAAUGUCGAGAUCGCUCCAGAUGUCUUCAGUGACAUUGUCACCGCGCGGCGGCAGGCCUCCGAUGAGUGA